GCAGUCGGCAUCCGUCCUUCGAGCGGCCACGAUCGCGAUCAUCAUCCAGCGCAAGAGUUCGGGUUUCGUUCCAAUUACGCGGUUUAAGUGCCCAAGUAAGCAGUGUAGGAAGAAACUAAAGUUUAAUGCCGUUUGCGUGAACGUUACUGUACUUUUAACCGGGAGUGUUAUACCGGCAAACACUCAGCACGAUCGAUUGAGCGACGCACAAAAUUCAGAGAGAGAGAGACACACAUACAGUGAAUGAUUAAUUCCUUGUUUACCUUUUCUGUUCACCCCCUGGGGUCACCCCUUCAGUGCAAUCGGAACUGCAGUGCGUGCCGUACCGUGCCGUGCGUGCAAUCGUCCUCCUCGGCAAGCUGCUACGCACGUAUGCGUUACGGCUUCUCGCCCACGGUGCGAUCGUGAGUAAGCAGCACGCACGUCGGUUCGGUCGAGUCGGUCGGUUCGGUUUCGCUCUCACGACGCCCUCUCACACGACACAGAAAAAGGCCGGCUCACGCGCGGUUCCAACGCGCUGAGCAAACGCAACAGCAGUACGUCGCCUCCGUCUGAUUUGGAACCGAGUCCGGUACCGUCGGCACCCUCAGUCUCGUUUUCAAACUCGGAGACCAAAGGUGACGAACGCUCCCGAGUGUGUGUGUUGGCGCACUCGUCUCUGAAAAUUCGUCAAAUACGCACGACGCACGCACAAUUGUGUGACUGAAAGGGGGGUUGGUUCACUGUUUGAAAUUUAGAGAAACCGUCUAUCACUGUUCAACCCAGCAAGCCCAAAAGUGAAAGUGAAAGUGAAAUUUGGCCACCAAGAGGAAGCAGUUUUGGGGGUGGUGCUCAGACGAUAAGCAACUCCAAGAACCAACCCUGAAAAGUCGACCACCAGGCGUCACGUGCGUGAGCGCAGCUGAAGAAUCGUGUAUGUGCGUGCAACAACGGUUCGCGUUGCACCAGUGUGUUGUUGCAUAAUUUUGAACGCUUGCAACCAGUAACACACACUCAUACGUGGCAACCUCGUCCUCGUUUUCUACGAAACCGAAACCGCCAAAAGGGCACCGGCAAGGUAAGGUGAUGUAGAAAACGGCAGCCAGCCAGCCAGCCAGCUCGGUGCAUCGGUUUGAUGGUGGCAAACCGAAAAUAGCGGACAGAAAAAGUUUUGCCGAAAAUAAAAAAAAAUACGUUGGCAAAUUGGUGUCAACCCCACAAAGAGGGUUCGAGUGUGUGGCUGUGAGUAGUGAAAGUGUUUUUUUUUUUUGUUAUUUGGGGUUGAAAGUUUCAAACUACUUAAGCUGGAUUAGAAAAACCCCCAGCAGUACUAGCUGAAAAUUAUCCACCCAAGAAAAGGAGUUUUUGUUGUAGAGCUGCCAGUUGUCUGCAUUUGAUCCGGAACAAGGUUCCGGAAUGUGAAGCAGUGUAGAGUGUCGAUAGUUCCUUUGUCGCUCAAUUUAUGGCAUAUAAUUGAAGUGUCAAGUACUUGGAACUUUGUUCAACGUGUGAUAAACGGGUGUGUUUGUGUGUGUGUUUUGUAAUUUCCUUCCACUUGGCGUCGAGUACAGCAGCAACAAUGGUUGCAAAAGGCGUCCGAAAUCAGUACCUAGCGACGUACUGUGCGAAUCUCGCCACACUGAUCUACGGUCUGUCGAUAGGAUGGCUUUCGCCCAAUCUGAUCCUGAUGUCGUCGGACGACUCGCCGCUGACGACGGGCAAAAUCACCAGCGAGGAGCAGGGCACGGUUGGUUCCAUUGGUACGAUCGGCUGCAUGCUGGCUCCACUUGUCUGCGGCUGGGUGGCCGAAAUUGCUGGUCGAAAGUCCGCCCUGAUGCUGAUCGGUGUGACGCAGCUGGUUAGCUGGGCCGUGAUGCCGUUCGCCACCAAUCUGUCCGUCAUCUAUGCGUCCCGCAUCUUUGGUGGAUUUGCCGGAGGCGGAACCAUGUCUAUAGUGCCAUUGUUUGUGUCGGAGAUAUCGGAGGAUAGAAUACGAGGAACGCUAGGGACGAUGCUCGCCAUAUCUUGCAACGUUGGUAUCCUGCUAGGCUUCAUCAUAUCUCACUAUGUAAACUACUGGGCCGUCACAUACCUAGCACUGCUACUAUGCGUCGUUUAUUCGCUUGGUUGCUGCUUCUUGCCAGAAUCUCCACAGUAUCUGUUCAUCAAGAAGAAGAAAGAGAAAGCUAUAAAGGCCCUGCGAUUCUACCGCGGCGAGGAAGCCGAAAGUGAAACAUCACAGUUUACCGCCGAAGUGGCCCGCUUUAAGGACAUCCACAACGUUGGUACACCGAAAAAGAAGGACUCCAACCAGAUCCACAUCAAAGACUUCCUGACACGAUCGCGCUGGAAGCCAAUCCUGAUCUGCGUGAUUGUGAUCAUGUUCCCAGCCGGUUCCGGUUCCAUACCGCUAAUGACGUACACGGAAAGGAUCUUCCAGGAGUCCCACUCAAACCUCAGCCCGGCCAUAUCCUCGAUCGUGGUGGCGAUGCUGCAGCUCAUCGGUUCGUACGUCUCGACUAUGACGGUCGAGAAUGCGGGCCGCCGGGUGCUGCUGGUCGUGUCGACGCUCGGUUGCGCCGUUUGCACCACCACGAUGGGCACAUACACCUUCCUGCAGGCGAUGCACGUCGAAGUGGACUGGUUCCGGUGGGUGCCGGUCGCCAGCAUGUCCGCGCUAGUCUUCAUCAAUGCCAUCGGCAUCGGUAUUGUGCCAUUCAUUAUCAUGACCGAGAUCCUCGAUCCGAAGAUCCGCGGCUCGGUCGUCACCUUUUGUCUGCUGGAGUUUUCCGGCGUCGCGUACCUAGUCGUCAAGUACUUCCCGAUUGCGGUUGAGCAGCUCGGGAUGCACUCGUGCAUGUGGUUCUUCUCCUGCUGCUGCGUCGCGUCCGCCACCUUCGUCCUCACCUGUAUGCCGGAGACGAAGGGCAAGAGCUUCGAGCAGAUCUCCGAAUCUCUGAAUGGUGGCAAGAAGUCCGGCCACAAGGAUGUCGCUCCGACGGCCGUCUGACACACCGCUUAACGCGGUACGACGGUGAAGUCGCCAUCGUGCACGCUGCGUGUGUUUUAAACGCGUUUGUUUUCGUUAUGUUUUAUAUACCCUUAUUAAUUACCUCCCACAGCAUCUUGAAUUGUAUUAUACACUUUAUUCAUGACAUAAGCAUACCUUCUGUCGUUUAUAUGUAUGUAUGUAUGUAUGUAUGUAUAUCUGAAUCAAAGCAUACAAAACCGAAAAGAAACAAACACUCGUGCAUUCGGAACGUAGCAGGAGUCAAAAGGAAGGUUGCUAGCUGUGUGUUACUGUCGGUUGAUGUUCAAUUUCAAGUGAACAAGAAGACGACAACCAUACCACAACAACAGCAUAUUCUAGAAUCAAAAAACCUAUAUGAUUACGGUACAAUAAUUAAGUAGUAACUAGCGAAGCAUUUAGGAGGUGUGAAAGCUGAACAGUAACAGGAACAGCCACAAACAAGAACAGAAUCCCGUUGAUAGGGAAAUUGAAGGGAAAUAAUUUACUGUAUAGAGGGGAAAACAUUAGAAAGGUAGACGCAGAUAGGAGAUGCAUUUUGCAACCUUUUUACUAAGCUUUAAUAAAGACUAUUUGUUAACCGUGCUCGCGCGACUAUGCGGGCGAGAAGUAAAGUUAUACACCAAUAAACUAAUCGAUCAUUGACGUUGUAAAA